AUGCCCAAGGGAGGCCUGGAGACGGUGGAGCUCUUCACCUCGGAAGGCAAAGGCCGGGGCUUGAAGGCCGUGAAGGAACAGUGGGCAGGAGACGUCCUCUUUGCAGAACGAGCUUAUGCGGCUGUGGUUUUUGACAGCCUCACUCACCUCGUCUGUCACACUUGCUUCAAGCGGCAUGAGAAACUCCACCGUUGCGGCCAGUGCAAGUUUGCCCAUUACUGUGACCGGACCUGCCAGAAGGACGGCUGGGUGAGCCACAAGAACGAGUGCCAUGCCAUCAAGAGGCAUGGGAAGGCACCCAACGAGAACAUCCGGCUGGCUGCCCAAAUCCUGUGGAGAACAGAUAGAGAAGGAGGCGGGCUGACAGAGGGUGCUCUGGUCUCCAUCGAUGAGCUGCAGAACCACGUGGGACAUUUUGGAGAGGAGGAGAAGAAGGAGCUGAGGGUCGACCUGGAGAGCUUCCUGGAGUUCUGGCCGCCAGACGGCAAGCAGUUUGGCAUGCAGUACAUUUCUCACAUCCUGGGUGUGAUAAACUGCAACGGGUUCACCCUGAGUGACCAGAGGGGGCUGCAGGCGGUGGGUGUGGGCAUCUUCCCCAACCUCUGCAUGGUCAACCACGACUGCUGGCCCAACUGCUCCGUCAUCUUUAAUAACGGCAAUCAUGAGGCUGUAAGAUCAUUGUUCCACACCCAGAUGAGGAUAGAGCUACGUGCUCUGGGAAAAAUCUCCCCGGGGGAAGAGCUGACUGUUUCGUAUGUCGAUUUCCUCAAUGUCAGUGAAGAUAGGAGGCAACAGCUGAAGAAGCAGUACUAUUUCGACUGCACCUGCCGGCACUGCCAGGAAGGAAUCAAAGAUGACCUGAUGUUGGCUGUGAAAGAGGGAGAGGAGAAGCCUUCCCAGGAGAAAGUGAAAGAGAUCAUCCAGUUCUCCAAGGACACUCUGGAAAAGAUCAAUAAAGCUCGGUCAGAGGGGAUUUACCAUGAAGUUGUGAAGCUGUGUCGAGAGUGUUUGGCGAAGCAGGAGCCCGUUCUGGGAGACACAAACAUUUACCUGCUUCGGAUCCUCAGCAUCUUGUCUGAAGUGCUCUCUUACCUCCAGCUCAUCGAAGAAGCGGCUGGCUACUCUAAGCGCAUGGUAGAAGGUUACAUGAAACUUUAUCACCCCAACAAUGCACAACUUGGGAUGGCCCUGAUGAGAACCGGGGUGACGCAUUGGCACGCCGGCUUCAUUGAAGUGGGGCACGAGAUGCUCUGCAAGGCCUACGCCGUUCUCCUGGUGACGCAUGGCCCCUCCCACCCCAUCACCAAAGACCUGGAGGCCAUGAGAGUUCAGUCGGAGAUGGAACUGCGCAUGUUCCAGCAGAAUGAAUUUUUGUAUUACAAAAUGAGAGAAGCCGCUCUGCAGAACCAAAAGAUCCAGAUCAUGCCUGAGCCCACUAACGAGGUUUCGCCCGGCCUCUUCCAAAAGAAGCAAUAA